AUGUGGACCCAUCUGGACAGGCUGGAACUCAAGAUCACGGCAUUCACUGACCCAGCCUUCACCAAGCAUCUCGAGGCAGCCCUACGCUUUGGCACUGUCCUGCUCUUCACUGAUGUACAGAAGGUCGACCCAAUCCUCAACUCAGUCCUUAACCGAGAGAUAUUCAAGAAGGGAGGUCGUACACUCAUCACUGUUGGUGACGUGGAUAUUGACUACUCUCCAAACUUCGCAAUGUAUAUGACUACGAGGGAUGCUUCCCUUACCUUUACUCCUGAUGUGGCAUCUAGAGUAACGAUGGUUAACUUCAACGUUACUAAGGAGUCCCUCCAAGCACAGUGUCUACAUGCUCUACUCAAGACUGAGAGACCUGAUGUGGAAGAGAAGCGAGUGAAGGCUCUCAAGCUGCAAGGGGAGUUUAGGGUACGAAUACGCGAGUUGGAGGACGGCCUUCUGCACGCCCUAUCUAACGUUACUGGUAGUAUACUAGAAGACGAGGCUAUUGUAUCCACACUUGAGACACUCAAAUGUGAAGCGGCUGAGGUCGCAGAGGAGGCAGGCAAAGCAGAUGAGAACUUGCGGGAGAUCGAGGCGGUGUCUUCGGCAUAUAUCCCUCUGUCGGCAUCAGCUGCUAACCUCUUCUUCGUGGUCCAAGGCCUUAAGGCUCUCAACAAUCUCUAUCAGUUCGGCUUAGUCCGGUAUUUGGAAUUAUACAACCUGGUGCUUCAACAUUCUUCCGAUACUACAUCUGCUGCCUCCUCACGAUUAUGGAGUAUAUGGCAGUGCUUGGUUAAGCUGGUAUAUGACUAUGUCGGCUCUGGCCUAUUAGCCGCUGAUCGUCUUAUAUUCCUAUUACGUGUUGCUGAGAUUGGUAGUGCUAUGGUACCAUCUUCUUCUCCACCACCCUCCCAAUAUAUGCAACUACUCACCAUGCACGAUGAACAGAAGCGUGAUGGGGAGCCAUUAUCCCCAUUGAAAUGCGUGGAGGCUCUCAAUAUCAGCCAGGAUCAGAAGGAUCUUAUCACUCGGCUU